GUGGUGGCGGCGAGGCCAGGCCGGGCCAUGGGCGGUACUGUUAGGCUAUGAAGGCUUUAGUGGAACUAGAAAUGCAAUAAAACAGUGGAUGAGGCACAAAAUUAAAUCUCGGCACCUGGAAGCUUUAAACAGAGUGUCAGUGUAUUAAACAUAUUGGAGGUAGUGGCUUUUCAAAGUACCUGGAUAUUUCCGUGCUAUAGAGCAGUAAAAUGUUUGCAAAAUUGAAGAAGAAGAUAGCAGAAGAGGCAGCUAUUGCUCCCAGACCAGGAGGAGCUGCCAGGAUACCCAGGUCUGUCAGUAAGGAGUCAAUUACGUCCAUGGGAGCAGACUCCGGAGAUGACUUUGCUUCUGAUGGAAGCAGCUCUAGAGAGGAUCUUUCAUCCCAGUUGUUCAGAAGAAAUGAACAAAUAAGAAAACUAGAGGUCAAGCUGUCUGAUUAUGCUGAUCAGAUCCGAAACUUGCAGAAGAUAAAAGAGAAGCUUGAAAAUGCAUUAGAAAAGCAUCAGGAUUCCUCCAUGAGGAAGUUUCAGGAGCAGAAUGAAGCUCACCAGGCCAGUCGAGCCAAGAUGGCUGAAGGAAUGGCUUUGGCCUUAGAAAAAAAGGACCAGGAGUGGAUGGAAAAACUGGGUCAAGUUGAAAAGGAAAAAAAAGUGCUUGAAACACAGUUACAAGAAAUGAGGGAGCAGAGUUUGAACCUUUUUCAAAAAAGAGAUGAAAUUGAUGAACUGGAGGGCUUUCAACAGCAGGAAAUUGCCAAAAUUAAACACAUGCUUUUGAAAAAGGAAGAAUCUCUGAGCAAAACAGAGCAGGAACUAGAGGUGUGCACUCAAGAACUAACCCACACUAAAGAGGUGCUUCAGGAUGCAAGCAACGAGUCAUCAGGCCUAAGGAAAGACCUUCAAGAGUUGCAGCAGCAGUUCUUGGAGCUAGAGGCACGGAGAGAUGAACUAAUGACAGCUGAGACAAAUGCAGAAAAUAAGAUCACUGCUCUGGAGUUAAGAGAACAGGAGCUACAAACUGUCAUUCGGCAGCUUUCUGUAGACUUGCAAAAUGCUCGAAUUGCUGGUUCUGGUUGUGAGAAGAGACUGGAAAUGUUACAGGUGGAGCAUGAAUCUCUGAAGGUGGAAUAUGAACAACACAAGCAAAAGAUGACUUUUGAAUUUGCUGAGAGAAAUAAACUUACUGAACAGCUGCAGGAAAAAGUGUCUUCCUUGGAAAAAAAGCUAGAAAGAAAUCUUUCAGGGGAUGAACAUGUGCAGGAGCUACUCAAAGAGAAAGCUACUCUUGAGCAGAAACUGGAUGAAACCAGGCAGCAGGUACUAACAGACAGAACACAUCACACUGAGACUGUGAACCGGUGGGAAACACAGAAUAAAGAACUGGAACAAAAACUACAAGUUGCAACAGAAGCGCUGAAAAAGAGCAAAGCAGCAGCUGCUGAGCAGGAUCUGAAGAUCCAGAAGUUGCAAACUGAUCUAGUGGAUGAAAGAAGUAAACUACAGCAACAGAUUUUAAGUGAGAAGCAUCGGUACGAUCAGAAAGUUACUGAGCUGGAGUCUCAAAUUGCUGCUCUUGAAACAGCUUGGGAAUUUGAUAAAACAGCUACUCAGCACAAGAUCAGCCAGUUGGAAAAGGAAAAUGAAAAUCUUACUGGAAGCAGAGAAGAGUUUGAGAGUUCUUUAAAAAAACAAGAGUCUGAAUUGAACAGACUACAGAAUGAAUUGAGCAGCAGAGAGACUGUCAGCGUUGAAAUUGCCAAAGCAUUGGAAGAAACGCGAAAACAGAGAGAGAAUUUACAACAGCAGGUUUCACAUCUGGCUUCCUUAAUAAAGGAAAAAGACCAACUGAUUGAUGAAAAAUGUGAUAUGCUUCUAAAACAGAAGGAAGAACUAAACCAACUCAAUCAAGAUCAUGAAGCUCUCUUGCUGCAAAUGCAUCAGUUGCAAUCUGACAUAGAAGUGAGUAACAGCCGAGCAGUGGAGAAGGAAGAAACGGCAAGAAAGGAAAUUGAUGAACUGAAGUUGCAGAUACAGGAGUGCCUGUUGGUCAGAGAACGUGAGAAAAAUGUUUCAGAACUAGAGGAAUCGACGAGAGCCUUGAACGAUACGCAUUUCCAUUCUCCAGAAGACCGUGCAGCGGAACAGAAUGGAGAGGUAGCAGCUGCAGACGUCAUUCAACUUCAGAAGGAUAACAGAGAGCUGGAACAGCAAAUUGCUGAGAAAAACAAGAUGAUAAAGCAGCUACAACAAAGAAUGACAGAACUCAAGAAAACCCUCCAGAAAGAGUUGAAAAUAAGGCCUGACAGUGAGGUACCUGAAGUACGUGAAAAAGCAAAUUCUGAAGUGCCUAAUGCUUCUGUGACUGUCAUGAACAACUCUGAUUUGAAUGACUCAAGGGAGAUAAACUUUGAAUACCUUAAACAUGUUGUACUAAAAUUCAUGUCCUGCCGGGAAUCUGAGGCAUUCCAUCUAAUUAAAGCUGUAUCUGUGUUACUGAAUUUUUCACAAGAGGAAGAAAACAUGCUUAAAGAAACUUUGGAGUACAAGAUGUCAUGGUUUGGGUCAAAGCCAUCUCCUAGAGGCAGUAUCCGGCCGUCUAUCUCGAGCCCAAGGACACUGUGGCCUUAAGGGAACCUGAAAAUGGGCAGUCAGCAUCUAGCCACUUUUUUCUGUGAAAAGAAUGCUGAACACACUAAUUCAGGUGUGUCUUAAUCACUGUCAUUGCAGUAUUUUGUACAAGAACUUUUGACACUGUUUACAAAACUAAUACUGUGCAAGGAGAAAUUUUCACUACAAACUGAAACAGCUCUUCUGGGUUGGAUUCGGGGACCGUUGUCUCGAUGGUCUCUUAAUGGAAGUCGGCUCCUUGUGCUCAUCGGCCGUGUUUUCUUGGCACCAAAGGGUAACGUUAACCUCACUAAUACCGGUGCUGGCAGUUCAAGCUUCUAACGCGCAUCUGUUAUGAUGGUGAUUCCAGCUUCUGUUAUGGAGUGCUAGAGUUGAGGAACUCCAGGCACAGUAAAGCUUCCUUGUCUCGCUGUGGAAAGCAAGCAAUGAAAACAGAAAUGUUGGCAGUACUGUACUGAGUUGUUGACGGUCUGAAAAGCCUUUCAAAGAACAGGAGCAGGAGCUUUAACCAAAAAAAGAAAUCUGCCUUGCCUUGUUAUACUGACGUAACUAAUAGUUCGCAUUUUUUCAUAUCACUGUGUAAUUUAAGGUGCAUAUAUCCUGGCCUGCAGUCCUGAAGGCUGCAUGUUGAUGAUGAUGAUGAUUUAAUUUGAGAGCACAACUUUAGAGUUGUCUGAUUUUACUUUUCUUAAAGAAAAAUAAUAUUUAAAAUGGUCUUAAUUAUAGUACCUAAUACUCAGUCGCCUUUAAAACUAAUCUAUUAGCCUGUACCAUAGGUUGUUAGCAUUGGGAAGAAGGGGUAGUAAACCAUUUUAAAUUUUUAAAGCUGAAUUCCAGGUAUUGUAAAUGCACACUGAGAAUACCUUUUAUUUAAAAAAAAAAAAAAAAAUUCUAGUGACAAAGGGUGAAGAAUAUUGGUACUAAACACUUUGAUUUUUAUAUUUUUUUUUCUUCCAAGUCUGCUAGCAACAAAUCUUCAUAACCAGCAUCCGCCUCUUUGGUUGUGGUGUUCCGUACUUCAAAUACUGAUGCUUAAAAACUGUUAUGAACAUGUAGUGGGCUGUUAACUGUGUCCUAACUACAUGGUAAAAGAAAUGCUGCUCAUGAGGUUUUUGGUUUUGAGGGCAAAAUUCAACUCUUAAUGAAUAAAUCUGGUUCCAGCAGCUUGCUUUCCUUCCCCCUUAAGAAAAGGGGACCAAGGUGGCACUUGCCUCACAGAGUGGAAGCACAAUUUUGCCCGUAGUUACUAACACCACUGCAAAAUCUGGAUGAAAAUGGGAAGCGGCAGUAAGUCUGACUUCCUAAAAAUGGGACAUAUGUUCAAAAAACUACAUAGGUAUGGAAUUCCAUGAGCAGGCUGCAGUUCUGGUAGAUCUCUUACAAUGAUGUUUGUGUUACUAACAAUACUUCUAUUAAAUAUAUUCAGGAAAAUCAGCCUGUCCUCUAGUGGGCAUACGGUCACUGUUCAGGUUGUUAACUUUGCUCACAGGGGUCUGAAUGACCUCGGUGGUGGCAGUCGAGAUGUAGUGUUAGAGUUACAGCACGCUCGUGCUGCGGUGAAGAUGAAAGUAUCCUUCCACGUGAGGUCAGUUACCAGAGCGGUAAACGUGCUGCAAAUCUAUACCCUCGCUGGCCUCCCCGCUUUUGUUAAUCAGCCAUGUCCCAGACACAGGUUCUCGCCGGAGCUGUUACCGCGGCACAAGCGACACUCCUCAGUUCAGAGCUAGGUUAUAUUUAUUUGAGGUUAAGAAAACCAACAGGAUUUUUUCAGUACACUAAAGCUUCUCCAAACACAGCCUUUAGUAACUUGAUCCAUGGCACUUAAUGAUAGCAUACGGAAGUUUAUGGGAAGAGUACAACUCUGCUCUAAUAUGAAAAUAGACAAUCAAAAAGUAGAUUUCUAUCAAUUGUUUCUCUACUGCAACAAAGCAGGGGCAGGAUAACCCUGUUGGUUCUGGGAAGAUUUUAUUCUCUAAGGUCUUUGUCUUUAGAAUGUCCCUUUGCCCUGGCCUGUUUCUGUGGGACCCGAGAGCAGGGGACAGGAUUCCCUCUGCUCACGCUGAAGCCUGCUGAACGACUAAUCGGUUUAUGCUGAUCCUGACUUGAAAGGUUACUGCUGAACCAUAAGAAGAGCGGUACAGGCCGCCUGGAAUAGAGAGUGACAAAAUAAAAUCUGAAGAUUGUAUGUUCACUAACACCACUUCAGUUUAAGAUCCCAAAGCUCAUACAGGAUCAACUUACCAUAAACUAGUUCUUAAAGUGUUGAAUUUUCUUUAGAUAUCAGAGCAAGAACGGUGUGUAUACAUAUAUUUAAAAGCUAAUGCACUUUCCCUUGUAUAAGAACAGUGGUAUACAUAAUCCUUUCUAUGGCCCUUGGAUUUCUUUCCUUCUAUGCUGUAAAUAUGGAUUGUAUCAUGAAACACUAUGAAAUUUGUGGUGCAAUACAUUUUGGAUCA